CCCUCUGUGGCAUGGCCUGGAGUGUCCCACGGGAUGGAGGAGAGGACGGGGCAGUCAGGCAAAGGUUAGGGGAGGAAAGCAAUGGCAGAGGCUCAGACUGACUCCAGGAAAUGUUUGUAUUUCUCCACCAGGAGGGAGGACAAACAAGCGUGUCCCUGCCUUCUGGGCCAGUACUGUGAGCUCUCCAGGACAGAGUGAGUCGCAGGAGAAAGAAGAAGCCGAGUAUGAAAAUUCUUCUGGGGCUGCACUCAGUAACUCCUCUGCAGCACGAAUCUCAUGGGACCCUCUGGCCACUUCCCACCUACAAGAUAUCGAAUGCAUCUCGGAGUCUGGCCGAGCUACAGGCUUCACCUCUCUGGAAGACAAGCGGCUUGUAACCCCAGCUUCUUAGAAAGGACCUCCCUGUGGCUUUCGUUUCCUGGCUGAUUUCUCCUCCGGGUGUGGUAGCCCCAUCUACCCCUGGGUGCGGUGACUGAUUGUCAAGGUGAUGAGGUUGAAGGCACAGCCACUGGGUCAGUGGUAGCACACAGAUAAGCACCUGUGCCUUGGUGGGGACUCCAGGGGCCACUGGGCACCCCGGACACCUGUCCUCCCUGCACUAUGGACAACAAGUCAUGCUGCAUCCUUGAGGGGGACCUCAUCUCUCAGGUGAUGCCACCCCUGCUCAUCCUGGCCUUCGUGCUCGGCGCCCUGGGCAAUGGGAUUGCUCUGUGUGGUUUCUGCUUCCACAUGAAGACCUGGAAGCCGAGCACCAUUUACCUUUUCAACUUGGCCGUGGCUGAUUUCCUCCUCAUGAUCUGCCUACCCUUCCGGACAGACUACUACCUCAGAGACAGAAACUGGGCCUUUCAGGAUCUUUCCUGUCGCCUGGUGCUGUUCAUGCUGGCCAUGAACAGAGCCGGGAGCAUCGUCUUCCUGACAGUGGUGGCCGUGGACAGGUAUUUCAAAGUGGUCCACCCCCACCAUAUGGUGAACACCAUCUCGAACCGGACCGCAGCUGGCACCGUCUGCGUCCUUUGGACUUUGGUCAUCUUGGGAACUCUGCAUCUUUUGACGGAGAGCCACCUGUGUCUGCAGAAGAAUGCCACGUCUUGUGAGAGCUUCAUCAUGGAGUCAGCGAACGGCUGGCACGACAUCAUGUUCCAACUGGAGUUCUUCCUGCCUCUGGGCCUCAUCGGGUUCUGUUCCUUCAAGGUGAUCUGGAGCCUGAAGCAGCGGCAGCAGCUGGCCAGACAGGCUCGGAUGAGGAAGGCUAUCCACUUCAUCAUGGUGGUGGCCAGUGUCUUCGUCACUUGCUAUUUGCCCAGCGUCCUGGCCAGACUGUAUUUCGUCUGGACGUUGCCCUCCAGUGCCUGCAACGCGUCUGUCCAUGUGGCCCUCCACGUCACCCUCACCUUCACCUACAUGAACAGCGUGCUGGACCCCCUGGUGUAUUAUUUUUCAAGCCCCUCAUUUCCCAAAUUCUAUACCAAGCUUAAAAUCCAUCAUUUGAGACCCAAGCAGCCAGGACCCUCAAAGUCACAGAGGAUGGAGGAGAUGCCAACAUCUGACCUCUGUCGUAAGAGUUGCAGCAGCGUGGCAAAUAGUGUCCAAAGCCAGCCAGAUGUUCAGGGGGACCUCCAAGUGUGUUGAAUGGCACUAAUACAAACAGGCCAGCAACGUGAUUACAGUGAUAGGGGACAGGAUGGGCAUGUGUGUUGGUUAGGAAUUGCUCAGCUCCUGUGUAAUUUUAAACAGAUGAGGAUACAGGUAUGAAUCUUUACUGGGUCAUGUUCUUGCUCUGGGGGGGAGUUAUUGAACUUAAUGAUGUAUCGAUAUUUCCUAUUCUUUGACCUUAAACCCUUACUUAUUUUGAAAAAAAGGAACUGAACUAAGUCAAUAAAUAAAAUAAAAGGAACUGAACUUUUAUUUUAGGCUGAGAGAGGCUCUUUAAAUCAGGAUGUCGGGCUGGGGAUGUGGCUCAAGUGGUAGCGCGCUCGCCUGGCAUGCGUGCCGGCCCGGGUUUGAUCCUCAGCACCACAUACAAAGAUGUUGUGUCUGCCAAGAACUAAAAAAAAUAAAUAUUAAAAAUUCUC